CCAGCUUCAUACAUUGGCCCACUUGCAGCCAAUAUGACGGUCGUACAUAUGGUGAUGUUCAAGUUCCGUCCGGAUGUUAGCGCAGAACACAAAGAGACCUUCGUGCGCGAGUUGCGCAAACUGAAAGAUCUCUCGUGUGUCAAGGAUCACAAGUUGCUCGUAGGCGGGCCCAGCAUUUCAGAUCCGAUCGAGCGUUCCAAGGGGUUUGAGUUCGCCUUGCUUUCUUUCCAUCAAGAUCGGAAGGCAUUGGAAGAGUAUCAGGCCAGCAAAGAGCAUCACCGGGUCACAAGCACCUACUUGUUUCCUUUCAAGGAAGACAUUGUACGAUUCGACUUCGAAGUCAGAGAUGAAGAUGAGCACAUGUGCGACUUUGGCAAAGCUUUCGGAUUGAAGGAAGCUGAGUCAAAGACUUAGAAGGAAGUAGACCAAUGCGAAAUGCUCUACUUGCAGAAGUAGAGGCACAGUCAGACACUGUUGCUUUAUUUCGCUUCAAUUCCGUCUGAACCCGUUCUUGAACAAGAAAGAUUGUAGAUACCCGUCUUUUUUUUUCUUGUUCUUUUUGAGUCAAGAGGGAAAAUGUGGUUCCAUUCAUAAUAGACCCAUCGGUUACCUAUAUGCCUUUCUAUCACCUGAGCUGUACCAGGAUUCAAAUGUUUCUUCGAAGUCCAUGUACCCACGCAGUACUCCCACUACCUCCAAAAUUGUUUACUUCCCCCUCUCAUGUUUUGUCCGUAUAACACCAAUCCGAGUUCAAAAC